AUGUACGGCGGGGACGACGCUGUUCGCCAAAAGGCUGACUCAAGAUCCCUCCGAACACGCAGCAUGACGAAUUCCUGGUACCCCAGUGACAUCGCCCCCCUCCCUUCUCUCGGCGCCGACCUCGCUUCGCAGCUACAGACCAAAGUCGAGGACACAUUGCGGGGCAUCAUCAGCCGCAACCUCUUCAAUUCGCAGUUCGGCCGCACCUCCGACUUGUUGGCGGGCCUCCGCCGCUCGCUCACUGGCGCGAACUUGGACGACCCUAAAAUAUGCGCGGACGCCUUCGCCGCGGCGGACCUCCCGCUGACCGAAUACGACAUCUACGAGCCGUACAUCGCCAAGUUCACGCAGCGCUCGCCCGCGCGCCUCUCCGACGUCGCGGACCUCCUCGCGCCCGGGCUACCCCGCAACCUCGGCAAGUCGAGCUCGACGUCGGGGAAGGCGUCGAAGCUGAUCCCGAACUACUGGCGCGACGUCAAGAGCGGCGCGCCGUCGUACCUCAAGCCGGGCUCGUCGCCGUUUAGGAGUAAGGAGGGCGGGGUGAUGUGUAUACCGGUUUUUACGGGGUAUAUGAGCUUUGUCGACGUUUGCGACGAUGAAACCGGCGGUGUGACGCGUAUACCGAGCGCUGCGGGUACUGCGUAUGCCUCGAGAGCUGCUUGGGGAUUCACCGAUUUUGAGCGCGACCAUGAGCGUCUUUCGGAAUCGAUCCCCGGGCUGACCGCACCGUUCGGCGUGGGCCUCAUCGUCAACUACCGCUCGCUCAUGCUCACGCACGCUGCCUUCGCGCUCGCCGAGCCCGCGAUCGACACGCUGAGCAUGCUGUGGUCGACCGCGUUCGUGGACUUUGUCCGGUGGAUCGACGAAGAAUGGGACGUGCUCGUGAGCGCGAUCGCGAAUGGGGAGCUGCCGCGGUUUCCGGACACGGAGAGUGUGCAUUCGGCUGUUGCUACGACGUUCCGUGCGGAUACAAAGCGAGCGCGGGAGCUGCGCAUGAUUGGUCCGCCCUCGCGUACCACUGAGGGAUGGGCGGUGAGGGUCUGGCCUCAGCUCGAGGUGCUUUCGGCCAUCUGCAGUGGGACGUUCGAGCGCGUUUUACCGCAGGUCAGAGCAUACAUUGGCCCGAGUAUCAUAAUUCGCAAUCCUGUGUACGCUUCGUCGGAGUGUGCGAUGGGUAUCUCGUACCAUGAUCAGGUGUUCAACGUCAUCAAGACGCUGAACGACGGAUACAUUGAGAUGCUCGAGAUCACCGCUGACGGCGGAGACGGAGAGCUCAAGAAGCUUUGGCAAGUAGAGAAGGGUAAACUAUAUGAGCCGAUCGUAACGACGUACGACGGCCUUUGGCGCUAUCGGAUCGCUGACGCCAUACAAAUCGUCGGCUUUGACCCUACUGACGGGACGCCUCUGCUCAAGUACAUAGAACGUCGCAACCAAUCCAUGAGACUACCUCAUGCAUUGAUCACGCAGGCAGAUAUCGCCGAGGCCGUGUCUCACGUUGAUAGGCUGAAGCACGCCGAGUUCACGACAUGGCUGGACGAUCGCAAGGUGCCGCCUUGUGUCGGUUUCUUUGUGGAGGCAUCCCCAGGCGAUAGACUCAUCCCAUCCGAAGCCCGAGACGCAUUACUGAGCGGCUUGAUCAACGCGAACGAGAACUUCGCCGUCGGUGCAACAAAGGGUUCUUCCGUCAAACCAUCCAUCCGGCUCCUUUCUCCCGGAUCGUUUGGGGCGUUCAGGAACUGGAAAGGAGCGACGAACGGGACAGGGAGCUCGCAGAUCAAGGUGCCGCUGAUUAUGGUGGAUCCGAAAGGUCAGGAAUUUACGUUGUCGAGGGUGAUUGAUGAGGUGCGGUAG